AUGGAAUUGAAAGAAGCUACCCCAAUUGAUGAUCAUAAGGGGAGUGAGAUAAUGUUUCUUGAAAACCCACUUGCAAGGGUAGAGCUUGAGGAGCUGAGAAUUGGGGAUCAAUCUUUGCUCAAGUUUCAGAAGUCGCAGAAAUCCAAGGAUGCAGUGUUUGUUUCUGUGCCAAGUAACCAAGAUGGGUUGAUGAAGAAUGAAGCAAAUGUGCAGAAAGAAGAGGAAGAAGAGGCUCUGAAUCUGAAGUUGGAGAAACAGAGAAAGCUGAAAGAAUCCAAGAAGGAGAACGACAAUUACUUGGGAGGAGCAAAAGAGCAAUCUUGGGAACUGCUUGGAGGAACCAAAAGGAAAUCAAAUAUGGUUCUCAAGAUAACUGGUGCAUGGUGCAGAUAUGGAGAGAAUAAUAGACAGAAAGAAGUGGAAGAAGCUCCAGAGUUAAAUAAAUCAAGAAAGCCGAAUUGCUACUUCUCUGGUACUGAUUCUGAAGCAGUAGCAUCUUCUGAUCCUUUGCCUGCAGAUGUAUUGAAGAUUCGUAUUAAGAACAAGUUUCCCACAGCCACAGACUUGAAGUUGAAGUUGAAGGAAACCAAAUCUGAAGUCCUGAGUGCACGAGACAAGGACAAGGAUUUGCUGGGUAAGCGUCACCGGAUUAGAAGUGUCUAUUUUCAAUAUUAG